CCGCCAUAUUGCGACAGAAAUUUCCAUGUCGAGCUGAACUUUUUGGCGCUUUUUCGCCUCAUUUCCCUUAGGGCUGGAUGAACACGCGACCCUAGAGUGAUCUUAAGAGCCGGGGGAUACAGAAAAGUCGAGAAAAGGGCUCAACCAGGUGUCGGGAUGGAGUCAGAGGACAGUGGAGGAGGGACAGGAGACACCUCGACCUAUCAGGUCCUGGCCGCUCAGGACUCGUACCCGAAGCAGAUCUGCCAGUUCGAUGAGCCCUCCCUGUCCAUCCCCUUUGUGCCCUUGGCAGGAGAAUAUGCGCAGUUUGUGGGCCGCACGGCCGAUGGCCUCAUGGCCCUUUCCAACUACAGAGUUUUCCUGCAGCAGCGCGACGCUACCUACCACAUUCCCCUGGGUGUGAUUGAGACCAUAGAGUGCCGUGAAAUCUUCUUCCUCUUUCUGUUGUGCAAAGACACUAAGUCUUACAAGUGCACAUUUGCAACAAAUGAGCAGUGUGCUGAAUGGCAACGUCGACUGACCAAAGCUCUAGCCCUACCACAGCGCCUUGAGAACGUCUUUUCAUUUGCCUUCUACAUGUGGAACAUGGAGGAGGCUCGGGAAUUGCACAAUGCCCUUCAUGAACCUGACAGUCCACAGUCCUAUGCUGCUAGGGCAGAGAGGAUGUUUGAUGAGGAGGUGCGACGUCUGGGCUUUGACCUUGGAGGGGCAUGGCGCAUCUCAUUAGCCAACAAUGAGUACCAGCUGUGCUCAACAUACCCUCGCAAAUUAGUCGUUCCUGCCUCAAUCAAUGACAACAUCUUGGAGAGUGUUGCCCGCUUCAGGUCUGCUAGGCGUAUUCCAGCUGUUGUCUGGAGACACACAAAUGGAGCUGUGAUAGCCCGUUGCAGUCAGCCCGAGGUUGGCUGGUUGGGCUGGCGGUCCAGUGAAGAUGAGGACUUGGUCAAGGCUAUAGCGGAGGCCUGUGCUUAUGACAGCCCUGCCGUAAGUAGUUCCAACGGCACCAACGCUAUGAUCGGUAGUCAGUUGAUCCCCCCAGCCACUGGAGAGAAGGAAGCCAUCACUCCAGUGUCAGAUAUCCCAUCCUUGUGUGACUUGCCAGAAGCAAAGGCACAGGCUGACAUCAAGAAAGUCUUGAUUGUCGAUGCUCGCUCAUAUGCCACAGCUGUAGCCAACCGUGCCCGUGGGGGAGGCUGUGAAUGCCCUGAAUACUACCCACAGUGUGAAAUCCAAUUCAUGAACCUUGCUAACAUCCACACCAUCCGAAAGUCUCACCACGCUCUGCGUCAGCUCGUGGCAUCCUCUCCUGACAUUCCAAAUUGGUUGUCAUUGCUAGAGAAUUCUCGAUGGCUUGCCCACAUCUCUGGUCUCCUCAAGGCAGCAGUGACAGUGGUGCAGGCUGUGGUGCGUGAGGCCAGGCCAGUUCUAGUCCACUGCUCUGACGGCUGGGACCGAACCCCUCAAAUUACUGCCUUGUCACAGUUACUUAUGGAUCCUUAUUAUAGAACUAUGCAUGGCUUUGAGGUGCUAGUGGAGCGUGAGUGGGUUGAGUUUGGCCACAAAUUUAGCGAUAGGUGUGGCUGUGGACGCAGCUGUGAGGAUAUCAAUGAGAGAUGUCCUGUCUUCCUGCAGUGGUUAGACUGUGUCCACCACCUCCUAUACUGGUAUCCUACAGCCUUCCAGUUUAAUCAGGCAUAUCUGGUGAAGUUAGCACAGCAUGUAUACAGUAACCUAUUUGGUACAUUCCUGUGCAACACCUCCCAAGAGCGAGUCCAAGCAGAAAUUGGAGAGCGAACGUAUUCUGUUUGGUCACUGCUGAGGCUCAACCGUCACCGCUACACCAACUACCUCUAUUCUCAUACACAUCAGGUACUUUAUCCUUCAUGUCAUACUAAAGAUCUACGUCUGUGGACUUCUGUCUACAUGCCCGAGAUGGGUGAGGUGACAGCAGACCCCCACACCAGUGUUUAUCCAAGCGUUGGUGAAGAGGAGGAGGAGGAGGAACCAGCAGCUGGAGGGGAGCUGGUGAAGACCAAGUCAUGUGACGAUCUCCUGGCUGGGACGUCACCUCCACCCCACCACCCCCUGCGCCGAUCCUCUGACCCUAAUAUUCGGGACAGCUGUCCCAACAUGGCCAUGCUCAACUCAGCCCUAGGUGCUGAACUGGCCAACGAGGACCAGGAUAUCCUUCCAAAUGGCGUAGGAGCUGGGCAAAAUGGAGAGGAACUGGAGAUCAAUGAUGACUCCGUGAGCGAGCCAAAUGAGGAGCGACCCAAUGAUGAGUCAGAGUCUCUGACCCUGUGUGAACCUUCUGUGUCAGAGUCAGAAAUCCCAGAGUGUGUGAAUAAUGUGCCGAGUGAAGUGUAUGAAAAUGGAGUGGAGAAUGGGGAGGAGGCCAGUGAGUUGCUGGGGCAGGAGAGCAUGGAAGACAGGGAGAAGUCAGAAGGGGAGGGUGGGCCGGUGGGAGAAGAAAAGGAGAAGCAGAAAAGCAAAGAAAGGGCGGUGGGUGGCCGCAGGUUCAGGAAUCUGGCAGAGCAAUCGAUAGAGGGCUCAACAGACACGCUAGUGGCAGAGACCGGAGUGAUAGCGAGUGAGGAGAAAGUCCUCCAGGAGAAAAACAGUGAUGUUAUACCUCUAGUGAAUGGAAAGUCAGGACAGGAAAGCCCCAAGUCACUACUGAAUGGGAAGUGCUGUCCCUUCAUGAAUGGGGUCUCUGGAGAGGAGAGCGAGGUGUGCACAACCACCAACAAUAACCGCAAACAAUCAAAGAAAGGAUUAGUGUCCUCCCUAUCAGAAAACAGCCAGGAGGAAAAGGAGCGGCCAGAGAAGCGGUUAGUGAAUGGGGUGUCAAGCACAGGGGGGGCAGUCAUGAAUAGUGUUACAUCUUCAGGCUGUAGCAUCUGCAUCCAGAGCAAGAAGCUCCUGGAUGAAACCAGCAAUGGUGAUACGUGGAGGAGUGCUGGCCUCAUGAAUGAGGGAUCAGUCAUAGGUGGUACUUCGAGGGGGGUGACCACUGGCCCAGGCAGCAGGGUGUCCCUCUAUUCCACACCCAUGCAUUCCCGCACACCAUCUUCAUGCAUACCCUCUACACCUUGUGAAGACAGGUUUGGUGGUGGAGACAACAGUCGGGGUAGCAAUUAUUCAACAAUUGAUGGUCUCCAUAAUGUUAGUGAUGAGGUUACGAAACGACUUCAUCAGAUACUCUUGCAGCAUCAGUCUGAGGUUGAAUCUCUAAAGAGAGAUUUGCAGGCGACGCGGCAGGCACUCUGUAACCAAGUACUGCAUAAUCGCUGCCAUCACCACCACCAUGACACUACAGAAGACCAGAUGUCCCUUCCUGAGAGCGUGGGCUCCGGCUCGGGAGGCUCGGUGGGGCAGGAGUCUGGGGUGUCUGACACCUCGUGGGAGGCGGUGGAGGAGGGGGAGGCCCGGCCGACGCUCUGGGUGCCUGACCACGCCGUCGACUGCUGCACGGGAUGCAACACGCAGUUUUGGAUGGGGCGACGCAAGCACCACUGCAGGUCAGUUGCAAGGAGCUGUGGUAAGAUCUUCUGCUCGGAGUGUUCGCAGCACAGCGUCCCCAUCCCGCGCGAGCAGCUCUAUCAGCCAGUUAGAGUGUGUGGCUCAUGCUACUUUAACUUGGGCAUGGAGAUCACCAAGCCCAAGAUCCUGGCUGCUGCGUCCAACUAGAAAGCGCCCCGAGAACCACCGAAGUCCUGAAGCCUUGAAACCCCAGAAUCCCUCGCUGGGAGAGUCUGUUUCAUUUUCCUUUUUUUUUUUUCUUCUUCUUCCCUUUUUUUGGUGUAGGAACAGUGACUGGGUGAUUUAAUUUAUUGCUGAUGGGUGUUUGGUGUCGGGCUUCAGGUGUCAGUGCAAGUAAGAUCAGCGAGGGACACUAUAUAUAUAUAUAUAUAUGUGUAUUUUAGUCUGUUGGUGGUCAUUGCUGGCGUUUAUGGGGUUAAGCUUCCAGAUGUUAUUUAUUGAUCAAAUGUAUUUCUUUUUCCUCUUUCUAUUUAGUGUGUAAACCGAUAUAUUGGCCUGUAGUCACUGAUUGAGUUACCAUAAUCAUAACAUUUUUUUUUUUCUUUU